AUGGUCCCCACGCCUCAUGCUAUUCAAAAUAGCAUGUUGAAUCCGGAUACUGAAAACUGUGUUGCUGACCAGUCAAAAUUGGGCGAGAGAGGUGAAAUGGAACAUAUCACAACGAUGAAGAAUUUCUCGUACAGACUUGUACUCUACUUGACAAUUAUCUCUGUUGUUAACAAUAAUGUUGAAGUAAACGCCCAAGAACAAGGAAACGUUACGAACACACCAACUGGCCCAUCUAGUAGCGCCGCUGCCAACAACAAUGACACCACCGCUGCCCCCACCAAUACCAACAUCACUGGCACCACGUCGGGCGCUUCAGGACUCGCGAUGCUUAACCUCUGUCUAUGUUUGCUUCCGAUAGCCAUGUUUGCUUAA